AUGGCCAACGGCCUCGACCGCCUCGAGCGGCUCUUCACCUACAAGCGCAAGCCUUCCUCCACACCGACGGAGCAGGUGAGCCCUGUGGUGCAGCCGACCGAGCCUCAGUUUCCGUCACCAUCCUUCAUUCGCCCCAAGACCACUAGAAUGGCUGCUCGUGAAGAGGUUCGCCUUCGACAAGCAUCCGGUCGUUCCCCCUCCGUGCCAGACAUUUCGGCCGCCCUACGUAUGCCUCUCGCUCAAGCUCUCCGGCUGGGCUCGAGCGAUGGUUCCUAUCAGCAAAAUGACAGACAUGCCACCUCGCCCUCCCUUAGUGAUAAGCAGGCCGAAACCCUGGUCUCGUCACUGCGCGAGUUCCAGUUUCCCCAGCCACCCAGCCGAAAUGCCGAAGACUCCCCGGUGUCGUUGUCAUCCGACGCAUCGACUUCCGAUGCUCCUCGCUUGCCGAGUCCUCGAUCCCGCUCACCACUUCGACUUUCUGUCCCGCUGAGCAGGCUCGACACCCCCCCAACUUCGGACCCAGAAGAUGGUACCUCAUCGCCGCAGAGUCUCCGAAACAAGGCAUUGCCGGAAUUACCCUACAACAAGGCACCUCCCACUCCGGACGAGUCUCCCGAGCUUGGUCCCAGGCACGGGCCACACCUCAGACGCUCCGUGUCAAUCGACGUCAUCAACAAGGCGUACAUUGCCGCCCUGCAGAAUGAGCCGGGUGACUACUUCGAUCAGAUGUCUCUCCAGAGAUCCUACAGCCAGUCCAGCGUGGCACCAUCUGUCCAGUACUCGACCUCCAGCUCCACACUGCGGGAACCCGACUUCAACGAGUUUUUGAAUCUUAGCGAUGAUGACAUCGCAGAAUCGACCCUCGACAGCCCUGACUUGUCGACGCUGGGCGAGUCCAGCCCGGCGCUCCCUCCGAUGGAUCUAUCCAUUUCAUCAUCGCAGCCUUUGACUUCCUCGCUGCUGACUUUGACACCCCCUCGCGCGAGCCGCCCGGCCGCUGUCGCCGCUUUUGAGGCGGCUAGGAUUGCCAGGCGUUACGACUUUGACCUCGUCUAUGUCGUCAACCUCUGGCCAGACAACGCGAGAUGUCAGAUGCCAGCGUCGGCCAAGACGGCUAAACCGAUGAUGGGCCGCUUGCUGGCAGCUCAUGGCUUGCACCACGUUCCCUCGCCUCUUCAAAUUUCGUCCCUGGUGCACACAUCCAUCAUGCGCUCUGAUGGCUGGAUCGAAUACCGAAAUCAGGAGGCUCAAAGUCAGGAUUUGGCCCGUGGCUAUGCCUGUGCCUUCUACACCGGUCAAUAUGCCAGGAGCAGCACAUCGGGCAAGUCCAGUCCUGUGUCGGGUGUCCGCUUGUCGGAAAAGAUCGAUCGCGGCAUAGUGUUUGCGGCCUAUCGCAAGCCCAGAAUUGGUGACGACAAGCUUGGUCGUGCCUUUAACGAAGUUGCACUCCGAGAGCUGCACCGAGAGGCUGAGGCACUCGUGGAGAUGCUCAUCGACAUUCACGUGGCGAACAGACUACGCCAGCCUCCCACACAACCUUCGGUGGCCGAUGAAACUGGUCCCAUGCCAUCGCAACAACAAGAGAUGUCGUGA